AUGACUGUCGGGCCGCCGACGUGUGCUGCCUUACUGCGGCGAGGGCCCACAAUCUACGGACCCGGACACAUCCGCCGUGGUGUGCUCCUCUGCGGGCCGCGAGAACUCGACCGACUUCUCACCUCGGUCCCUCCUUCCAGAACCCUAACUCACGUCCACCUCCUCCGCCUUCAUCUCCUCGACUUCACCUACCACCAGCGCAAGCUCUUACCACCCAAAACCCUAAUCCAGGACGUCACCUCCCGCCUCGGCCUCUCCGCCCGCUCCUCGACGAGGUCCUCUCCCUCAUCUCCCUCCUCACCUCCUCCUCCUUCGGCGCCGGAGACUGUGUUCCCCUCCUCGUCUCCGCCUCCUCCUACGUCGUCUCCCGACGCCACCCUCCCCCUCUCCUCCACGAGCGCCGCCGCCGCCGCCGCAUCUUCUCGAGUCGAGCUCCCCGAUUUCGAUGCCGCCGGCGCCCUCGACCGGGCCGUCAGGACCUGCCCUUGCUUCGCCCAGGUUCAACCCGACAAGAAGGAGGAGCUGAUUGCCAUGGGGAGGUUCUUGAUCCAGUGCAUGACCAAGUGGUUCUUGAUGACGGGGAGGAGGCCUUUGCCGACUGUGGCGACGGUGGUGGCGCUCACGACGGAGGUCAAUGGAGUUGGCGUCGAGAUCGAGGAGAUUGCUAAGGAGAUCUAUGCGGUGACCAGCACGUGCAGGAUGAGGCACCGGGAGCUGAAGGAGACGCUGCUUAAGGUCGCUGCGGCUCUGCUUCCUUGGGGUAAAGAUGUUAACUUGAAGAACUUGGUGCACAAUAUGCCCGUCCUGGUUAGGCUAAUGGAGUCAAAGGCGAGGUCAGUGAAGAGGAACUCUGGUGUUUGCGAGGGUUUUGAGUUCAAAUUGGAUGAGUAUUUGACUGUGUAUUCCAAUGCUGAGGAAGAGGAGGGUUCUGAGUAUUUUAGGGCAGUUUGUGAAGGGGGAUCAAGCGGAGAGGAAUUUCAUAAUGUGGAGAUAUCGGGAGAGCGGCUUGUAAAUGCUUAUAACAAUGUAUUGGCUAAGAUUGAUGAAGUUAGAGACGCUGGUGGGCUUGAUAAUGAACAAGCGGUGAAGAGAAGGAAAACAAGAAGGGAGUUGGAGGACCAAGGUUCGUGGGAUUCUUGGGAGGGGAGAUGGGAUUUGGGCAAGAAAUUGUCACUACAGGAAGUUUUGGAAAGAGAUGUUGGUUUUGAUGCUCUGCCUCCAUCUUUUAUCAAUGGCAUUGAGUCUCGAGAAAAGAGGAAAUUGAAGAUUGAGGCUGCAAAGCGUCGAAUUAAUCGAACUGUGGAUCCUUUGCCUAUUGCUGAUUUGCCAUUGGAGGAUGAUAGCCUUUCGAAGCCGGCAGUAUGUAAGAAGUGGAGUGGAGGGGAAGUUGGGAUCAAAGGAGUUGAUUGGGAGGAUUGCAUUAUUGAAUUGUUACUCCUUCAUCGAGUAGACGAGGAAGAGAUUGAAGAGGGACAGUAUAAUAGGUUGCUUGACCUGCAUGUUUUUAAUUCGUUGAGCUCACUCAGUGCAGAGAGAUAAAUGUCCAUUAGGGGCACCAAAGAUCAGGUUGUUUCUUUCAACUGUAUCAUUGUUAUGCUGCCACCGUCAAUUGCGAAGUUCAGGUCAGGUCGUGCAACUUGCCAAUGUGUACAUUCUUUUGAUAUAGUAAUUCAUUUUGCAAAGACAUAGAUAUGAUUUGUGUUGGAAUAGUAUAUGAUUUGCUCCUUACCAGCUUGAGUAGUUAUUGUUUUUUUGUUAUUUCACAUCUUUUAGUUUUAGAUCAUGUCAUGUCAUUGUUUUGAUUAAUGAUACUGGUGUCUUUCCAUCUA